UACCUAAUCAACCGAUCGCUUUCAGUUCCGUUGGGUUUCAAAGUACCUCAAGAAGAAUGGAAGGGUAAAGCUGUUGAUUAUAAGCACCUAAAGGUUUUCGGGUGCAGUGCUUAUGAUUUGAAUCAAGAUGGUGAUAAGCUAGAUGCAAAGGCCAAGAAGUACACCUUUAUUGGCUAUGGAUCAGACAACAUGGGCUACCAACUUUGGGAUUUUGAAAGCAAAAAG